AUGUUUUCGAAUCCUUUUUUCAAAAAUAGUGGAGCAUCUAGUCCUAAAAAUAAUGUACAAUCAACAUAAUAAAGACCAUCAGUAUAAGAUAUAAUGAAUAAAUAUAAAUAUAAUCCUUCAGAAAGAGUAUCUCAUGUUGAUGAAUAAAUAUUAGGAAGUCUUAACGAAUCCUCAAAUGUAGUGAAUUAAUAACAAAUUAUAGUUUUUAAAUGAAUAAUCAAGACAUGAUAAGAUGUUUCUAAAUCCAAUACAACCAUAGUUUGAUUUAGAUCCACCACCAAAAAAGGAUGCAAUAGCUAGAUUAACCUUUGGAGAGGAGAACAAGAAAUUUGAAUCUCAAAAAUUACAAAAUUAGCGAUUAUUGAAUGAAAAUGAUCUCUUUGAAGAUAUGUCACACUUAAAAGAUAAAGUAUUAAGUAUAAAAUAAUCAUAAUAUUUAAGACAUGUUAGAGAGAUAUUCUGUUACUCUUAAAGCUCCAGAAUAAUAAAAUAAAAGGAACACUAUCAAACAUUAAUUAGAAUUGGAUGCCAAUCAAGUAGCCUAGGAAUAUUCAUAAAUUGUAGAUAAAUUUAACAACCCAGAUUUAUCAGCUAUAUCAAUUGCAGAUAGUACAAUACCAGUAUACAAAGUAUAAGAUUGAAUAUGAUUCAAUUAGGAAUAAUAAUUGACUUAAAUGUUUAAUCUAGUAGAAGAAUUCCUUACAAAAUUUAAGAAUAUAUCCUAAGUUCAAUAAGAAAAAUCAUAAUUAUUACGAUCACGUAUUAAUGCAGGUGAAUCUCAAUUAUAACCUUAAUCAAAUAAAGCAAAAGAUUCAGAAAAACAAUUUACUUUUUAAUCUAAUUAAUCUAGUAAACAUUCUAGUUAAGCUGUUAAAAAUAAAGCUUAAGCACAAUUUGCUUAAUCUAUAACAGUUGGAUAAUCUAAUCUAAAUUAUUAAUAGAGUUUCACAAAAACAAAUGGAAGUCAAUAAUAGAGUCCUACUAAAACUAGUUCAUUUUAAUCAGUCCCUAAUACUAUACCCACAUAUGAAUAAAAAUCGAUUCCUGCAUAAUAACCAAUAACUCAAUUAGAUAUGACAGUUUACACUUAAUUUCCAAAAAUGGAGGAUUCAUUCUAUGAUUAGAAAUAAAUGUCAAUAUAAAGAAUUAAUAUUAAAUUAUAAACUUUGAAAUAAAAAUUACAAUAGGAAUUAUAAAAAGAGAAUAUGCCAUAUACAUAAAAAAUAUUAAAUGAAAUGAUAUCCAGUUUAUAAGAAAUAAUCAAUACUUAAGAUUAUUAAUUAGUCAAAACCAUCAUAUUUAGAAUAGAAUAAGGUAUACAAUAAUUAUCAAACAAUAAGGAAGGUUCAAUUAAUCUUUAUAAAUAUAUCAACAAAGCUUUAAUAAAUUCAAAAAUGAAAACAGAUUUGUUUACUCAAAGAGCCUCUAUGCCUAUUCAUGCUCAAACUGAAUAGCGUAAUAGUUCUACUACUAUGUCUUCAUUUAAUACUUACUAAACUCCUGCAAAAAUAGAAAAUGGUAACAUUAAAAUUACUCAAAAAGUGGAUAUAGAUCGCAAUUUUGAAAAAAAAGAAAGAGAUCAACGCCAUUUAGAGGAACAUAACAUUUAUUUUGAUUAAAGAUUGAGUAAUCUCAAUAAACCAGACAUUAUAAAACAUAAAUAAUAAUCAUAUGUAAAUUAAGUAAUAUCAUCCAACUCUGGAUAUGAAUCUAGAGGAUCAGUAAAUUGCGAAAAAAAAUAAGAAGAUCAUAAGACAUAUUCUUAAGAUGCUCGUUUGAGUUAUUAAUUGUAAUUUGAAUCGAGACCUAGUAUUAAUAUAGAAUAGAGAUAUUCUAGCAAUGAACCAAAAAAUAUUUAUUAUGCUACUGAAUAUCAAAGGAGAACUGAAUAAAGUUCCUUUUAAGAAUCCUAAAAAUUUUAAUAUGAAAGAAGAUCUGAAGUCUAAAGACCAUCUGAAAAUGCAUUAAGAUAAUCUGAUAUGCAAAGACCAUCUGAAUAAACUAUGAAGAGAUUGUUUUUUGAUUCUGCUCUUACCUAAAAGAAUAAAUUGCCUUCCAAUCAUCCAGGUAGAAAUAUAAUGGUGUCAGAUUUAUAUGAAGAAUAUGUUAAAAUAGGUGGAGAUAUGCAAAAAUUUAUAUAAUAAUAAUUUGAUCGUUGUUGA